CGACUUUUUUGAAAUCUACUCCAAACUAUCUCGUAAACGAUAAAUAUACUAAAGCAUAUAUUAUGAACGGUACUAGUUUUUUUACAUUGAUAUUUUGCAUAUUGUUUUCUUUAUCUGCGAGUAAUAGUGAAAUAUCUCGUUCAAAUGAAGAACAAUGCUCAGAGAAACAUAAUAAAUACAGUAAAGAAAUCAAUGAGUUGACGUCAAAAAUUAGUAAAGAAAUUAAUUUAGCUCUUGAAUACUACAUUCCAUGUAAGAAAGCAAACUGUAGCUGCCAUAAGGCAGUCAUUGACAGGGACUUGGCUACGUAUAAAGAUGGAAUCACUAAAGAACUUUUCGAACAUGCUCGCUCUAAAGGUGUCAAGUAUCAGAUAAUAGAUCAAAAACUGUAUCGUGAUAAAGACUGCCACUUCCCAUCAAGAUGUGCUGGGGUAGAACACUAUUUGAAUGCUCUAGCACCAAACUUGCCUAAUAUGGAAUUUGUUAUAAACACUAGAGAUUGGCCUCAAAUCAAUCGCAAAUGGGGACACCAGAGAGCUCCAGUAUUCUCAUUUAGCAAGACCAAAGACUAUUAUGACAUUAUGUAUCCAGCUUGGAGUUUUUGGGAAGGCGGGCCAGCAAUCUCUUUAUAUCCCACAGGCAUAGGAAGAUGGGAUAAACAUAGAAUAUCCAUUACAACUGCUGCUGAGAAAUGGCCAUGGGAUGAGAAAGAAGGAAAAGCGUUUUUCCGUGGAUCCAGAACAAGCGAAGAGAGAGACGCUUUAGUGUUGUUAUCGCGCUCACACCCAGACCUUGUUGAUGCUCAGUAUACUAAAAAUCAAGCUUGGAAAUCUGAUGCAGACACAUUAUAUUCUCCUGCAGCACCAGAAAUAUCAUUCGAAGAUCACUGCAAAUACAAAUAUUUAUUCAACUAUAGAGGAGUUGCUGCUAGUUUUCGCUUCAAACAUCUUUUCCUAUGCAAGUCUUUAGUAUUUCACGUUGGAGAUGAAUGGUUGGAAUUUUUUUACCCUUCUAUGAAGCCUUGGGUACAUUAUAUACCGAUAGACCCAAAAGCGAAAGAGGAUGAACUGAGAAUGUACAUUGAGUACUUUAAAGAAAAUGAUUCAAUAGCCAAGGAUAUAGCUGAGAGGGGUUUUCAACACAUUUGGGAUAAUUUGACUGAUAAAGACGUUAAGUGUUAUUGGAGAAAGUUAUUGAAGAAAUAUGCGAAACUUGUCAAGUACGAAGUGAAGCGGGAUGAGGAUCUGAAUAAAGUUUAA